AUGGAUCUCCUGGAGAAAGGAAAUAAAAACAACUCAAAAUCUCUGGGUGAUGAUCCUUCAGUGCAGUUUAUCCCAGUGUCUAAUAAUGAGAAGCUAAGGAAGAAGACUUUACCAUGCAGAAGCAUCUUCCUGACUGUGCUAGUCAUAUUUGGAGCAGUCACUACACUGACAGUAAUACUGCAAGUGUGGCUCCACUUGUCAGGGACAGGUAACAUAAUGAGGGUAUUCUGUGGUUCUAUGGCCAUAUCUAAUCAGAGAUUCUCAAGGUCUUAUGAGGAUGCAAAAAGUAUUCAGUUCAAAGAGCUGGCCUCCAAGGUUGUGAAACAAAUUAAGAAUAUAUAUGGUAAUGUGCCAUUAUUGUCCAGAUAUUAUAUUGGUUCCAGUGUUCAAGCCUUCAGUGAGUUCCAUGAUGGCAGUGUCAUAGUUUACUACAUGUCUGAGUUCCAUGUGCCUUUGAUUUAUGUGUCUACUGUGGAUGAAGUCAUCAAUUCCAAUGAUCUCACUGGAAUGUUCAGACACACACGGAAGUUCUUGGGCCCUGAAUCUGACAAAGCCCUGCAUAUCUACAAUUUGGUAUCUGGAGCUAUGGACCUCCGUCUGGUUAAUGCCACUCUGAGAGGUCACUACAGACACACCCACCGCUGUCAUAGGGGUAAAACAGGCACUAUCCAGUCUAUAGGCUUCUCUUAUAUCUUCUACCCUCGCAACAUCUACACUGAGUGGCAGCUCCGUGCCGACCCUGGCUACAGAAUUCGACUCAAGUUUAUAAUACUGAACAUGGAAAAAGAUUGCCAUAACAACUUCAUCAAAGUCUAUGACUCUCUAGUCCCUACUGAGAAGCAGGUCCUUACAGAGAAAUGUGGAUAUAACAGCCUCAGUGAUCAGAUGAUUUUCCUGUCUUCUGGAAAUGUCAUGUUACUUACAAUGGUCACAAAUGGAGAAAAUAACUUCCCAGGGUUCAAGGCAGAAUACUCCCAAGUCCCUGUUGAAAGUCAAGAGUGUGGUGGCAAGCUAAUGGGGUUUUAUGGCACUUUCAAGUCUCCUGGCUUUCCUUCCCACUAUCCUCCUCAAACCCAGUGUGUUUGGGAAAUUGAGGUUCCAGAAGGAAAGUAUAUUAAAGUGAAGUUCAGUAAGCUUUCUAUACGUGAGCCAGGACAGAGCCCCCGUGACUGUUACAAAGACUACCUGGAGGUCAACAAAUACAGGAUGUGUGGAGAACUGCCUGCAAAUAAAGUCCACUUUAGCAAGACAAACCGAAUUUCAGUCAUAUUCUAUUCUGACAUGUCUUAUGUAGACAAGGGCUUCUCUGCAGAGUUUGAAGCUGUGGAGCCUAGUGAAAAAUGUUCUGGAAAAUUCCAGUGUGAAAAUGAUGAAUGCAUUCACUCUGUCUUGAGAUGUGAUGGCAUAGAUGACUGUGGUGACUUGAGCGACGAAAAAAACUGUGUCUGUAAGGAGUCUGACAUCAAAUGUAAGAAUGGCUUCUGCAAACCCAAAUACUGGCGCUGUGAUGGUGUUAACGACUGUGGUGACAACACAGACGAGGAAAACUGUGGUAUAUGUAGAGCUGGGGAAAUUACAUGUCGAAACAACCGCUGUGUCUCUGAACACAGGAAGUGUGAUGGCCAUGAUGACUGUGGUGAUGGCACAGAUGAAUCAGAGUGCCCAAAACCCAUAGUUGUCAGCUGCUCUGAGUACACCUACAAGUGUAGGGAUAACAAGUGUAUCAGCAAGCAUAAUCCUCAGUGUGAUGGGGACAAAGACUGUGAAGAUGGUUCCGAUGAAAUCGACUGUGACUGUGGUUCCAAACCCUACAAACGUUCUCGGAUUGUGGGUGGUCAGACAUCCACUGAAGGCGAGUGGCCCUGGCAGGCCAGCCUCCAUGUAAAGGGCCAUGGCCAUGCAUGUGGAGCCUCCUUAAUUAGCAACCGCUGGAUGAUUACCGCUGCACACUGUGUACAUGACUCUGGCCAAAUUAUGUAUUCUCAACCUGAUGUGUGGAUGGUCCACCUGGGUCUGCAUACUCAGGGACACUACAAUCGGUGGACAAUACAUAAGAAUGUGAAACAGAUCAUCUCUCACCCUGACUAUGACCCUACGGAAUUUGAUAAUGAUAUUGCUCUGAUUGAGCUGGACAGCCCUAUAAAACUCAGCCAGAGAGUUUGGCCUAUCUGUAUGCCUGCAGCCACAGAUCAGUUCCUUGCAGGCCAGUCUGUGUGGAUUACAGGUUGGGGAAGAAUCAGCGAAAAUGGAAUGUUAGCGAAAGUGCUGCAGAAAGCACAGGUUCGGGUCAUCAAUGACACAGUGUGCAGUCAGCUGAUGGGGAACAAGGUCACACCACGCAUGAUCUGUGCCGGAGUUCUGAAUGGUGGCGUGGACGCCUGUCAGGGAGACUCAGGUGGACCACUCUCCUACAUAGACAUGGCCAGUGGGCGCUGGUUUCUCGCCGGCGUGGUGAGUUGGGGGGAUGGUUGUGGCCGAAAGAGCAAGCCUGGUAUCUACAGCCGCGUCACCAAAUUUCGUAGAUGGAUUCGUGCAAAGACUGGGGUAUAAUCAUGCAACGGAGGAAGUCAGGCAAGGGAGGAAGGUUUAGACAGAGGGAUGAGUGGCAUGCUGGAAUGAUAACUGGAAACAACUGGGGAGGUGUUAUUUAUUCAUUGCAUAGUCAGUUGUUUAAAGUUUCAGGCCAGAGUGUGCAGUAAUGAUUCCUCAAUCAUGUCAAUGAAUUAUUUUGUGUAUUUUAUUAUUUUUGUGAAUGAUUUCCCUAAGGUGAGACAUGUAAAUAUUUUAAUCACCCUUUAUUUUUCAUGAAGGGUGCUGUGGUAUUUUCAGCUUUUAUCUGUAUGUUAGUUGUUUUUUGGUUUGUUUUUUGUAUGUUCAAUAAACAAAAAACAAUGAAGUGUGAAGAGUGUUUAAUUUUACACUGUAAAACUGUGCACACAUAUGUUCCUAAAGCUUGAUUUAUGCUUGUUGUAUAUAAUAGUUCUGUUCUUGUGGUCUAAAAUGACAGGUCACAGUUUCACAUCAGUUUCACUUUACAUAAAGUCAGUGACACUUGGUAAUCAAAAUCUGUAGAAAUGUAGCUAGCUAUUAAUAUUAAUAUGUACAAGUGUAUU